CAUCUGGGCUAAAUGGUGAAGAAGAAUCACACUACUGUGACAGAAUUUAUUUUGUUGGGUUUCACUGACCAGCCAAGGCUCCGGAUUCCUCUCUUCUUGUUGUUUCUGCUCAUCUACCUUGUCACUCUGGUGGAGAACCUUGGGAUGAUUUUUUUGAUCAGAAGUGAUUCUCGGCUUCAUACUCCCAUGUACUUUUUCAUCAGCAACCUAUCUCUGCUGGAUGUUGCCUAUUCGACAGUCAUCACUCCCAAAAUGCUGAUUGCUCUUGUAGCAGACAGAAAAACAAUUCCUUUCAAUGAAUGUGCUGUACAAUUCUUUUUCUUCUGCCUUGCUGUGUCCACUGAAUGUUACCUCUUGGCUGCCAUGGCAUAUGAUCGCCUCACAGCCAUUUGUAGCCCACUGCUGUAUGUGGUCAUCAUGUCCAGACGACUCUGCAUUCUCUUGGUAGUUGGAGCAUAUGCCUGUGGCUUUCUCAAUUCACUCAUCCAGUCAUGUUUUAUAUUCAAUUUGUCCUUUUGCUGUUCCAAUGUCAUCAACCAUUUCUUCUGCGAUGUGCCCCCCCUCCUCAAACUGUCUUGCUCAGACACACAUACUACACAUAUUGUACAUUUCACACUUUCCACCAUUGUUGUGUCAAGCACUACCUUGACUAUUCUUAUUUCCUACAUAUUCAUUCUUGCAACCAUCUUCCGAAUCAAUUCAUCCUCAAGCCAGCACAAAACUUUCUCAACUUGUGCUUUCCAUUUGACUGCUGUGAUCAUUUUCUAUGGAACUGGUGCAUUCAUGUAUGUGAGACCCUAUUCCCAUUUUACAAUGGCACAGGACAAAAUCAUCUCUGUGUUCUACACUCUGCUCAUUCCAAUGCUGAAUCCCCUCAUCUACAGCCUGCGGAACAGGGAAGUGAAGGAUGCCUUGAAGAGGAUCUCCAAAAGGACAAGCCCUGCCUGA